AUGUGGUCGAUUGUCACACCCAUCGUCCAUCCCCCACCUGUAAAACGACCAUCCGAAAAACGCGAAAACGACCAUCCUCCGCCUGUCCUGCGGUACCUCGUGCUGGAGCACCUGGACGCCCUACACAGCCAGCGUCUGCAAAUAUAUACCGACGACUCGGUCUCCGCGGGCGUCUCCUCAGCAGCACUGUUCCUCCCUUCCGCAAACAUCGAACAAGCCUUCAAGCUUCCCCACGAAACGUCGUCCACCGAAGCGGAGCUUGUAGCCAUUCACGAAACACUGCAGCUUGUAUCCUCUCGUCCACCUGGAAGCUGGACAGUCCUCACAGACAGCAAGUCGGCGCUGGAGGCACCGUCUUCGCCUCGCUCGCAAGUUGUUUCUGACAUCCGCUCACUGAUCCUGACUGUGCACAACCUCCUCGUCACCUCCGGCCACUCCGUGUGGUCUCAGUGGGUGCCAAGCCACAUUGGCUUGUCGGGAAAUACACGUGCCGACGCCGCUGCGAGGCGCGCUCACGGCGCAGCUGAGUGCAACACUGUCAUCCCGUUAUCAUCAUCCGUCUGCCGCAUACACAUCCCCCGGCGCUUCUCCUUCGACACCCGCCUUUUCAUGGAAAACACUGUCGCAGCCAACACAUUCCUCCACCGCAUUGACCCGAAGAUGGUAUUCAGUGUGUCGCUACGGCUGUCUCGAAAGGAAGAGUCAGCUCUCCAUCGUCUUCGCCUGAAUGUUGCCCAUACUCCAUCGUUCCUGUUCAAGAUCAAGCAGCGUCCCUCUUCGGCGUGCCCCUCCUGCUCCACCGACGCCGACACCCAUCAUUUCCUCUUGACCCGCCCAAGAUAUGCCGCUCCUCGGACCGCACUCACGCACCGCCUAUCUGCCCUGGGGCACAGAGACCUCUCUUUGGCCACCCUACUGGGCUCCGCAGGGCAGAAGCAAUGGGCUGUUACCAGAGCGCUAAUAUGCUUCCUGGGUGACUCUGAGCUCCUGGGCUGCCUCUGA